GUGUUAGGUUAGGACUCACGAUUUAAAGGAAGCAAAGUGAAGAGAAGUAUUAAGAGAUUUCUUGGAACUCUUUUACAUACUAGAGUGACUUGGAUCAAACUCCAAUUUAGGGCUUGUCGAGUAACAUUUGCAGCAGUUUAUCAAUAAUUGCCGUGCAAACAUGAAUGUAUUUUCAUUCAAGUAUAGGAACGUGAUUCUGGGGGUGACUGCGAUCGCCGUUGGAUAUUGCGCGGUCCUCACGCCACACACUGUCUUCCUGAAAAAAUACAGAUACAUGGUGGCCAGAUAUCAAAUGUCCAAGGAAGUGCCGUUAGGCUAUAAAAUCCAAGAGAGAAUUCAGAAGGUAAUGGACGACUUGAAGCUGCCCGACGACGUCAGGAACGCCAUAAAGCCCUUCAGUGUGUUUGGCUUCGACAUGUUACACGCCGGCACUCUCAACGCCAAGUACGGCGCGAUACUGGGUAUACCCGUUAACUUCACCAACACGACGGAGCAGCUCCACGAAAAUCUGUGCAUCAAGGAGGAGCCGGUGGAUUGGACGCGGCAGGACGCGCGGAUCUUCCUGAAAGCGGUGAUGCUCUCCGAGGACGCGCAAAAGUUCGCGAUAGCGCGCGAGAUCCUGCGAAUCCAGGCGGAGGAGCCGUAUUUCAACUCGCUCGUGCUGGUUCUGACCGUAGCGGUUCUGUGGACACUCUGCAGCGUUGUAUCGUACAGAUUUAGAUUGCGCGAGGGCAAUGCGACAGUGCGGCGUAUAUUUUACGCGGUCUUCACCUUAUUCGGUGUAAUACUGUGGCUCGGGGUAAAGGACUAUCGGAGCAAUCAGCUCGACAAGAGGGACGACGAAGCCCUGUGUCGUUUAGGAGCCGAAUAUAUCAAGGGGGGACAGGAGUUCUACGAAAAAAUGUUAAUCAGAAACAGAGCUCUGAGGUCUCUCUUAGGGCCGGAAGGGAAAAAAAUAUAUACCGCUUACGGAAACGAAGAGACUUUCUUGAGACAGAAGCAUAUGCCGAUCACCCACAGGAAGGAUUUCUUCGACUUCCAUCUACGAAACUUGGAAGGUAUGAAAUAAAUUGGUUUCUUUACACCUAG